AUGAAUGAAUUAAUGGAAAAAAAAAAAAAUGAAGAAAUUCUUCCGAUAAGUGCUUAUUUUUUAAAAGAAUAUGGGGAUGGAAAAAUAAAUAAAAAGGAUGUUAUAAGAAGUUUGAAAAAACGUAUAUAUAAUAAUAAUGAAAAUUGUGAAGAAAUAUAUAAAAAAUUAAAAGAAAUUCAUGGAAAUAGUGGUGUAUGUACUCGACAAUGGAAAGAAGGUAGUUUUGCAUUUAAAUGUUAUAAUUGUGAAGGGGAUCCAACAUGUGCUAUAUGUGCAAAAUGUUUUUUUUCAUCAAAUCAUAAAAGUCAUAUAUAUAAAUUAACACAUACUAGUGGUGGUUGUUGUGAUUGCGGUGAUACGUCAUGGAAUAUGAAUGGAGCUUGUUAUAAUCAUAGAGGAAUAAAUGAAGACAAUUUAAUUGACAAAAAAAAUAUUUUAAAAGAAAAUGUUAAAAAACAAAUAAAACAAGAUAUAGAAAAUUUAGUAGGUAUUUUAUUUAAAGAUAUAAUAUUAAAAGAUGGUUUUUUUUUAUCACUAGUAAAUGCAGAUUAUGUAGAAUAUUCUUUUGAAUUUUUUAAAGAUCAAGGAAUAACAAGUUUUUUAUUUCGUCAAUUAAUAUGUGAAGUAUUUACUGGAGCGAAAAUCGACUUUUUAAUAAAUUUUCACUAUUGUUUUCAUACAGGAAUUCAAAAAGCAUUAUAUUCUUUAUACUUAUCUUUAUUUGUAGAUCCACAAUUUAAACAAAGAUUUGCAUUUAAGUUAUCUAAACAUUAUAAUAUUAUUGUAAGGGUUGUUGAUGAUAAAAUAUAUAAUGAUUAUAGUUUGAAUGGAUUAAGUGUGCAACUUUUGACUGUUCCGGAAAUAGGAUAUACUUUAGUUAUUAAUAAUUUUUUAAAUGAUUUAAUAAAAAUAAUUGAAUCAUUUUGUACAUAUAGUAAUGUUUCAAAAUGUGUUAUGUUUAAAAAUUUAUUAAGAUCAGAAAUCGAAAUUAUAAUGAGAAUAUGUUUAGAUUUAAAAUAUUUAUUAUACCAUCAAGAAGUUAUUAAAAUUAUUCUUUUUAAUAAAUAUAUAAUUAAAAAAAUUUUAAAUCUUUUAACUCUAUUACAUAGAAUGAAUUCACAACUUCGUUAUACAAAAAGACAUAUUAUAUAUGAAGAUUUAUCAAGUUCUUAUGCAAUAACUAUUGAAAAUUAUUUACUUAAAGUUUUUGAGCCUCUAUCUAAUUUUUGUAAACGUGAACAAAAUUCAAAUUAUAGAAAUUUUUUUCUACUUUAUCAACUUACGAUUGAAGCAAUUUCUUCACUUAAUUUAUUUCCAUUUAGUAAUGAAAAAACAAUUCCAGAAGGAUCACAAAAUGUGGAUGGAUCGGUUUAUUCAAUUUCUACCAACAUAUCAACUUCUGGACGGGUAAAAGAAAAAAAAGACAUUAAAAAAACUAUAGAAAAAAGAAAAACAAAAAGAUUAAAACAGUUACGAUCUUUACAUUCUCCAUUAAUCAGAUUUUUUAUGAUGAUAUUAAAUUUUGAUGUUAUUAGAAAAUGUAUUGAUGAUUUAUAUUGGUAUAAAUAUGUAUAUUUGAGAAAAAUAAAAAAACAAAAAGAAAAACCAGAAACAUCUUCAAUAUCUAACACAAAAAUAAAAAUAAUAAAACAAUAUAUAAAUGAUUUUUAUUCUAUUGAAAAAUAUCCAGAUGAAGUUAUAAAUAAAAGAAAAUUAUUACAAGAAAGAUAUGAAAUUGAUGGAAAUAAAAUUAAAAUGAAGCUCUUUAAUUAUAAGCCUUUCUUAAAUUCAUAUAAUCCUAUAGAGCAUUCUAAAGUUGAUAACUAUUUGAAAGAACAUAAAUAUUUAGAGGAAACAUACUUCAAAUGGAUCAUUAAUAUGGGGGCCCCUAAGGACUCUGUCACUGCUCCUACUACAUCUCCCACUGAUCCUACUACAUCUGCCACUGCUCAUACUACAUCUACCACUGCUCCUACUACAUCUGCCACUGCUCAUACUACAUCUACCACUGCUCCUACUACAUCUGCCACUGCUCAUACUACAUCUACCACUGCUCCUACUACAUCUGCCACUGCUCAUACUACAUCUACCACUGCUCCUACUACAUCUGCCACUGCUCAUACUACAUCUACCACUGCUCCUACUACAUCUGCCACUGCUCAUACUACAUCUACCACUGCUCCUACUACAUCUGCCACUGCUCAUACUACAUCUACCACUGCUCCUACUACAUCUGCCACUGCUCAUACUACAUCUACCACUGCUCAUACUACAUCUAUCACUACUUCUAUUUCUGGCACUAGGAGUGGGUCGGGAAAGGUACACUAUAGGCGAAGUAUACAAGAAAAAAAAAUAAAGGGAAAGUGCAAAAAUUUAUUUAUCGAAAAAAAAAUUAAUAAUAAAGAAAUUGAGUUCAAUGAGUUUCUAGAGAUAAAAUAUAAAAAGGAAAAUAAAAAUAUAUAUUUACACCCAUUAUAUAUACAAUUAUAUAUGAAAGAUUUACUCGAUUUUUUAAAUUUAUUUAAUUUGAAACUAUUAAAAAAUAUAUUAUUUAUAAAUAUAAAUGUAUUAUCAUUUAUAUAUGAAAUCAAAUAUGGAUACUGGGUUAGGAAUGGGCCACAAAUGGUUUUUCAAUCAAAUGAGUAUGAAUCAUCUAUAUUUUUAAAAAAUGAUUUAAUAGGAAUACAAUUUGCUUUUAUUAUGAUGAAUAUUUUGCCUUUAUAUGAAAAUCAAAGAAUAAAAGUUAACGAAAAUUUAAUGAAAAUAUUUAGGAAAAUAUAUAACGAGCAUAUAGUCAAUUUAGUUGGAAAUUCACAAAUACUAAAAAAAUCAAUAAACCCUUGCAAAAAUACAAUACCUAAUGAAGGCAAUAAUAAUAAACCGAAAACUAUUUCAACAAACUUUUUAUCAUUAAUUGGUGAUAUUAGUAACAAAAUGAAUGAAAAGGAUGUAAAAAAUUUUAGACAAAAUAAAAAUUCAGAUAUCUUAAAACCUGAAAUAAAUGAAAAUUUGUUUGAUAAAAUAAAAUAUAUACAAGACCCUAAUGAAAUAACUGAAAAUAAUAAACAAACUAUUAUAUAUGAUAAAAAUAAAGAUGUAAAUGAAAAUGAUGAUUUUUUUAGCAUUUUUUGUGGAAAUGGAGUAACAGAUACAUCUCUAAAUUGGGUUAAGUUCAGAAAUAAAUUUUUUUCUAAUAAUAAUGAAAAUUGUACAAAAACUAAAAAUAAAAUCGAUUUUACACAAAUAUAUCAGUUACUUAUUAAUUAUUGCCGAGAAAAGGGAAAUGCUAACAAUUCAGAGGAAGGGAAUACAUCUGAUCUACAAUCAAUGAACCCAAAUAAUGACAAUAAAUUUGAAACUGAUAAUGAAAAUUUAAAAAAUGAAGAAAAAAUAAUAAAUAACGAAGAAAUUCAAAUUAAUAAAAUAAACUAUAAAAAAUUAGAAUGGAUUGAAUAUUUAAAAUUAUUCAUGGAAACUGAUAUACGAAACCCAUUUGUUUUUAUAUAUCAAUUAAUAUUUAAAAAUUUUCGUAUAAAUUUAAAUAAAACAAAUUUAAAUGAUAUAUAUAUGGAAAUCCAAAUACAUCAUUUAAAAAUAAUAUAUAAAAUAUUUAGUGAUAUAUAUUUAAAUAAAUUGAAUAUUGAUUCUCGUAAAAUAACAUAUAUAUUUUAUUUUCAAUUUUUUUAUGAUAUAAUUAUAAGAAUAUUUAACGAAUUAUAUUAUUUUGAUUCUAGUAAUAUUCCAAGAAAAACAUCUUAUAUAAAAUAUAAAAAAAGAGGAAAAUAUCAUGUAAAAAAAAUAUUAUUACAAUUAUUAGCUUCAAAAGAUUUUCAACAUUUUCAAUUAGAACAUAUUUUUCCUAAACAAUUUAGACAUCAUCCAUCUUUUUAUGAACUUAUAAACAAAUAUGGUUAUACUACACAUAUGGAUCGAAGUAAUGUAAAUUUGAUUAAACUAAAUAAAAAUGCAUGGUAUCUUUAUGAUGCUUUUUGGCCUGUUUCAGAAUAUAAAGAUUUUCAAUCUGCUAACGAAAAAUCAAUAAAGGAAGAUAAUGCUACAUAUAUUGGUCCAUCAAGAAGCCAAGAUAAAGAAUAUCUUAAUUUUUCUUUUAAAAAAUUACAAAAUUUAUUAUAUUUUGCUUUCAAAAAUAGUUGUUUAGCCCCGAUGCUUCUAACUAUUUGUGUAACUAACGAAGCUUUCCAAACACGACUUGAUCAAUUAAAAAAUUCACCCCCUAUUAAAGAAAAUUCUAAUAAUCAAUCAAAUACAUCAAACAAUAUGAACUCAGUUUUUGAUAAUAAUACUCAAAGAGUUACACAAAAUGAUUCUAUUAUUUCGGCAGAAAAUUCUAUAGAUGUAAAUUCUGAUCCGACUUCCCGAAAUCAACAAAAUCAAGAUACUGGCCUCAAUCGAACUCCUACUGAUUUGUCACUACUUAGUGACAUAGAUGUUUUUAAUUUGUUAACUCAAAGCAUAAAUAACAGUUUAGGUACUGACCAAGCUGGUCAAAAUAGCCAAAACAGCCAAAAUAGCCAAAACAGCCAAAACAGCCAAAAUAACCAAAACAGCCAAAACAGCCAAAAUAACCAAAACAGCCAAAACAGCCAAAAUAACCAAAACAGCCAAAAUAACCAAAAUAGCCAAAACAGCCAAAAUAACCAAAACAGCCAAAACAGCCAAAAUAACCAAAACAGCCAAAACAGCCAAAAUAACCAAAACAGCCAAAAUAACCAAAAUAGCCAAAACAGCCAAAAUAACCAAAACAGCCAAAACAGCCAAAAUAACCAAAACAGCCAAAACAGCCAAAAUAACCAAAACAGCCAAAAUAACCAAAAUAGCCAAAACAGCCAAAAUAACCUAAACCAUGCUGAGAAUAGCACUAACACAUUGGUAACAACCACAAAUGUAGAAACAAAUCAAGAAAAUGGAAAUUCUAGAGGUAUCGAAGGAAGUAGAGAUGGUAACAGUGGGGACAGCAGUGAAAGUAGUUAUCAAAAUAGAAAUGGGCAAGAUAUACAUCAAACAAUUAAUAAUAGUAAUACAUAUAUCAUUGUAGAUCAAAAUAGUGAUAAUGAAACAUUAUUUGCUGAAAUAUUAGUAAAUAGAAGCCCUAACAAUUCUAUAAAUAUGGAAAUUGUUAAUAUUACGGAUACACAUUCAGGAAAUCAAAAUACAAGAAGAGGUUCUAGACAUUUAACUGCUGGGGGGUUAUCAGAAUUAAUUAGAAACUUAAUAAAUGAAAAUAAUAUUAUUAGUAAUGUAAUAGAUGAAACAAUAUUGGGAAAUAAUGGAUCUAAUAUGGAUAUGCUUGGGCGUGAAAAUAAUGGUGAAAUAGAAAUAAAUCAUAAUAUUCCUAUUCUUUCAAAUCGGAAUAAUAAUAUAAAUAGGGGUGGAAUAAGAAGAAAUCCAGAUGAGAAUUUAAUAUUUGAUGGUUAUACAUCUAGUGAAGAAUUGAAUGGUAUCGAUUCAGAAGGUUCUAAUAUUCUAAGAGUCAAUUUAACUGAUAUAGAUGAUAAUUUAGAAAAUUUAAAUAUAAUUUUAAAUUCCAACGAAAUAAUUUCCAAUGCUAAUAAUGCUAAUUUAAGUAAUACUAUUGAUAUAUUAAUUAAAGUUAUAAAAGUAUUAAGUAUUUUAAUCGAUUCUAGUCAUCCAUUUAAAGAGAUAAAUGGGUUCUAUUAUUCCAAUUGCAAAGUAGAAAGUGAUGAUUCGGAUUCUACAUCUGAUUCUAUUGCGGAAAGUUCCGAUGAAGAUUAUUAUCAAACACCUUUACCAGAAAUCGAAGAAAAUAUACUAAACAAAACUUCAAAUUCUAAUAAAUAUAUUUUUAAUAAUGAAAAAAAUGUUAAUAUAAACAAAGAACUCAAAUACAAAAAUGUAGAUAACGAUUGUGAGGAUAAUAUUGAAGAUGCUGCUGGAAAAUGGGGAGGAAACAAAAAAGAAGAAGUUGGCACAAAUGAUAAUGAAAAUGAAAAUUUUAUAUUUGACUACAUAUCUAUAGUUGAAAAAAGAAAAAAGGGAAAGAACAAAAAAAAAUUAGAAAAUAAUACACAAAACACAUUAAAAAAAAAACAAAAACAACCAUAUUCAAUGGGAGAAAAAACAGUUCAGUUUUUUAUCAAUAGUAUUAAUAACAUAAAUGGAAAUGAAGAUAAAUGUUUUUUAAAAGUACGAAAUACAAUCGUUUCGCGAUUAAAAGAAAUAUCUUCAGAAAGUUAUAAUUAUAAAAAUGUAAAUAAUAAUAAUGAAUUUAUUGAGUUAGCUAAAAAAAAACAACAGGAUCUAUUAGAUAAUAUGAAAAAACAACAACUAAAAUUUAGUCAGUUUUUAGAUGAUGAGUUUUUCUCGGAUGAAGAUAAUGAAUUAGAAACAACAAAAGAAAUAACUAAUGACAAAAAUGAAGAUGCAGAAAAUGAUAUAUAUAAAGAAAAUAAUACUUUAUGUGAAUAUGAAAAAGCAAAAGAAAAAAACUGUAUAUGUGUAUUAUGUAAAGAAGGAAUGUCAAAGAAUAAUUUAUUAGCAUAUAUGUGUUUUGCUUCUCAUACAAAUAUUUUAAAAAAAAUAAUAAAAAAAAAUAAAAUGUCAUUUCCUUGUAAACAUCCAUCGAUAUACACUUGUGGUCAUUUCAUACAUACAAAUUGUUUGCAUAACACAAAGAUAUUGAAAUAUAGAAAAUUGUUUAGUGUUAAAAAUGAACCUACCUUAUAUGAAUUUACAUGUCCAUUAUGUAGAUGUAUAGCCAACUGUUUUAUUGUAUAUAUACCAAAAAGAUAUACAUCUAAAAAUGAUACAUACAGAAUCUAUGAUUGUAAUGAAAUCGAUUUCUUUAUUGAUAAUUCUAAUAAAAAUUUCUCAGAUCUUUUGAAAUCAGCAUCAUUUGCUUUAAAAUUAUGGAAUCAAACAAAAAAUGAAAAAAGACAAAUAGAAGGAACUAUCACACCAGAUAUACAAAUGGUGGAUAAUACGGGUUAUAAUCAUGAUAAUGAUCUAAAUAAAAAUUCGAUUAAUUUGAGAGAAGAAAAUAACUAUCUAGAAGUAGAAACAUAUUUAGAUAUCAAUGAAAAAGAAAAAAAUAAAUCGUUAUGUCAUCAUAAUAUGCAUAAAACAUAUGAUGAAUAUGAUAAUAGUUAUAGUGAUAACUCUGAAUCAUUUUGUUUUGAAAAUGAAUCAACUUUUUUAAGUUCAUCGUCGAAUAAAUCUAUUGAUAGUGAUAUAGCAGAUGAAUUUUAUUUUAAAUAUAAAAGUCGCCAUAAAAUGGAAGAAGAAAAAAAAAAGAAAAAAAAACUUGAAAAUUUUACAAAAAAUAAUGAAUAUGGAGAAGAAAUAGAAACGAAUAAUAACAACACAUCUAAUAAUAAAAGUGUUGGAAAUGAUGUUAAUCAAACUAGUUGGAAUAAUUAUGUUACUAAUUCAGUCUUUAAUGAAGAAAAUAAUAAUGAUAUUUUUAAUUUAAAUUUUAAAAACUUAAUUAAUAAAAAUUUGAUUUUUGAUCAUUUAUUAUCCUAUGAAAAUUAUGAUAAAAAUAAAAAUAAAAUAUUAAGGGAAAUAUAUUUAAAUGAAAAUAAAAUAUAUGAACAAUUAUACAAUACUAAUGAUGGUUGUGAAAGCAUUUAUUGUCAUGAAUGUAAUGAUAAUUCUAAUUCUGAAUUUACAAAAAAAAACAUUUAUGGAAAUAAUGAAAUUGAAAAGGAUGAAUAUGAUAUUCAGAAUUAUAGAAACAAUUUUAAUCAUAUUGAUAAUUGUAGAAGAAUUAACAUUAACACAUAUAAAAAUAGUGAUAAUGUAAAAGAAUUUAAAUAUAAAGAUGGACCAGGAACAGAAUUAUAUCUUUACAAAAAUACUUUUAAUUAUUCUAAUAAAGACUUUACUUUUACAUACCAUAAUUCUAACUUUUUUUAUAAAUAUAAAAAUGGAUUUUUAUCAUACUACGUUAGCGUUCCGUUAAAAUUUAUGAAAAAUGUUGAAUUUGUGAUGAUACAAAAUAAAUCAUUAAAUAACGCUAAUAAUAAAAAGUGCAAACGAUUUUUUUUCACAACAUCUGUGAAGGAAAUAGAAACAGAAAAUAAUGAAUCUAUAGAAGAUCCAAAAGACCAAAACGAUAUAGAAAAAGUAGAUGCAAUACAUCUAGAAAAAAACGAUGAUGAACAUGAAACAAGCAAUAAUGAAAAUGAUGAAAAAAAUAAUAAUGAUGUAAAUAAAUCUGAAUCAAACUUACUACAGCUAAGUUAUAAUAUAGAUAAAAACCUGAUGGAAUAUAUACAACAUAAUUUUAAUAUAAAUAAAGUAAAUUGUGAUGAAGUUAUUAAAAAAUAUAGAAUAGCUCAAAAUAAAAAAAAUAUAUCACGAACUAAUAAUAAUAGUAGUGCUAUUUCUAACUCAAUUAGUAACGGGAAAAAAAAAGGAAUUAAUGAAAUAAAUGAGUUUCAAAAAGAAAAAAGGCUUAAAACAUAUUAUGAAUCUGAAUUUAGAGAAAAUAUUUUAUCUGAAUGUAAAAUUUUUUCUUAUUCAACUCAUACAAAAAUGGAAAAUAAAGAAACUAAUGAAUAUUCUAUCAAAACAGAAAACGAUAUAAAUUAUAAUUUAACAGAAAAUAAUAAGUAUGAUAUACAAGAUGAUCAUUCAGAAAAUGUGGCAAUACCUAUUGUAAAUACUAAUGGAGAAAUUAUGAACAGUUCAGAAUAUUUUAUUUCUGAAAAAAGCAAAAAAGUAGAAGAAGAGUCUAAACGAAAUGGUCGAAGAAGAAGCAUUCAAGAAAUGGAGGAAAUGGAAAUAAUAAAAAGUAAUGAUAAUUUGUGUUUUUGUGAAUAUGAUGAAAAUUAUGAAAAUAAAGAUUAUGAUACGAUGGAAUUUAAGUACAAUUGUGAUAAAAAUUAUUUAAAAACACAUGCUAUAUCAAUGAAAAAUUGUUUUGCUGUAGAUAUAUAUGAUGGUAUAAUUACUACUAAUAAAAAUUUUUAUAAAACAUAUAAAAAUACAAUAUAUAAACAAAAUUUUGAUUCAAUAUUUGAUAUGAAAGCAUUAAGACAAUCUAUUAUAUUAUUAGGAGGAAUAACUGAAAUAUCGUGGAGAAUUUUUCAUCAAAAUAAUACAACAUUUUCAACUAUAUUACAUCAUUCAGAAAAUUAUAAAAAAAUAAUCGACUUUGAAUAUUCUACAAAAAUUCAAGAUAAUGAUGAAGAUACUGAUAUAAAAGGAAUAAGCGUAAAUGAUGUAUUAAAAAUUUAUAAAAAACUUGAUAUAUAUCCUGAAUUUUUAUUUAAUAAUACUAAUGUUGGAUUUGUUAAUAAAAGUGAAUUAAGAAAUGUAAAUAAAGAAGAUUUAUUAUUAUUUAAUAAAAAAGAUAGAAAAAAAUAUAACAAAAAAUUGGGAGGAAAUAUAUUUAAAAAUGAAACAAAUAAUGAAUUAAGCUUUAUGAAAAAUUGUUUAAAUCAAUUAAAAAAGUGUAAAGACAAUGAAAAUGAGGAAAAAUGCGAAGAAGGCAAUAACCACAAAAAAUUGAUGAAAAAAAAAAGGGGAAAAAGCAGAGUAGAUAACAAAAAAAAUACAAUUAAAACUGAUGUGUUAAAUAUAAAAUAUUGGAGAAAUAUUAAUACAGCUACAGAAAUGAAUAAAAUAUAUUGGAUUUUAUACAACGAAAUAUUAAUUAAUAUAUUUUAUAAAAAUAUUAAUUAUAUAUCAUGUAAUAAUUUAAUUGAAACUUUAGUGAGGAACUUAUUUUUAUACAAACAUGAAUUAAAUAUAGUUAAAGAAAAUAAAAUUUCUAACUUAUUUAAUUUACAAUUAUGGAAAAAUAUUCAUAACAUUUCUUUUUAUUAUGUAUACCCAUAUAGAUUUACCUUUAAUAAAUAUAAAAAGUUUUUUAAUAAAAUUAAAAAAGCACAUUUUUUAAACAAAUUAUCAUUUUUACCAUUAUCUGCUGAUGUUCUCAAAUUAUUUAUGACCUUUUUCUUAAACCAGUUAUUAUACACACCUGCAGCCAUUCAGCACUUUAUUUCAAUUUCUUUAAUUAUUAUCAGUUUUCAAGUUAUGAAUGAAAUUUUUAUAAAAGAAAUCUCAAAAUCAUAUGUACAGUUCAUAUUUUCAAAAUUUUCACCUGAACAAGUCAAAAAAAAAUUUAAUAAUAUUUUUGAAAAAAUAUAUAUAAAUGUAGAAAAUGAAUCAUAUCCAAUAAAUAAUGAUGCAUAUUUACAUGAUAAAAUUAAAUUAUUGGAUCAUUACAAACAAUCUGAAGAUAUACAUGAAGAAAAUGAUAAAUCCUCAAUUCCUAAUUAUAUGGAUACAAAUGGCCAAUGUAAAAGUAUUGCACACGAACAAUUUAGAAAGUUAAUUUUUGACAAUUUUAUAAAGAAUAAGAAAGAAAUGGUUUCUUUUCGAAAUGUAGAAAAUUUUAUCAGUAAUGAUGUGUCAAAAUUUAGUAAAAAUGAACAAAGUGCAAAUUAUAAUACCUUUAAUAAUGACGCAUCUUUAUAUUGUUCAAACGAUAAAAUAGAUAGAAAUGGAAAUUUAAAGAAUAAAGAAGUAUCCCAAAAAAAUGAUGUAAAUCAAAGUAGUAGUGGAAGUGGAUAUAGCGAUGGUGAUAAUAUGAAUAGGAAUGGUGCAUAUAAAAAAUAUACAAAUUUAAUUAACAAAAUGGAUAUAUUAACAUUAUUUAAUAAUUUGAUGAACUUAGUCAACAAUAUCCGUGAAUCAGAAAUUGAAGAAAUAAAAAAUAUAAUUUUAAAAAAUAAGCUAAUUUGUGCUAAUAUAAAAAAAAAAGAAUGUUAUAUUCACAUGUGUGAAAAUGAUGUGUAUCUAAAUAAAAGUGAAACUAUAUAUAAUAAUGAAGAAAACAAUUAUGAUGGUUUUUGUUUGUAUGAAGAAAAAAAAAUACUAUAUGUUUUAUACGAAACAGUGAAAAAAAUAAUAAACUUAAAUAAGUUUAAAACAGAUACACAGAAAAUUAUGCUUUUAUUAUGUGAAAUAAAUAGCGAAUAUAUGAAAUAUGUAUAUUAUAAUGGAUAUAUACCAAUUAAUAUAUUUCUUAGUACGAAUUUUAUAAGAUAUGAUGAAUUUUUUAAUAAUUAUUAUCCAUAUUUAUUUAAUAAAAAGACAAAUUCAAAAUGGGGAAGUUUCCAUGUUUUAUAUAAAGAAAAAUUGUUAAAAAAAAAUAACAAACAAAAUGAUCAAACAAAUUUAAAAAAAAACAAAAAUGUUAUGAAAAGAGAUUUUAAUUAUGUAAUUAAUAAUCGUAGCGAUGGUGCCCAAGAACAAAUUCCAAAAGAUCAAUCAUAUUUGGAAAAGGAAUUAAAAAAUGUUGUUAAUAAAGAUAAUUCAAAAGUUUUGUAUUAUAAAAAUGGAGAAGCAACAAAUUCAAUAACUGAGUUUCCUAUAUUACAUAAAAAAGAUGAUAAUAAAAAAAAUGAAAAACUUUUUGAAAAUUCUAAAAAUUGUUUUUGCACUAAUCAUAAUGAAAUACAUCAAUUUAAAUAUAAAUUAUAUAAUAUACAUAACGAAGAAAUUAAUAAUUUUUAUUUGAUGAAUGAUAAAGAUGAAAAUUAUUUGUCAUUAUUAUAUAAGAAUAAUCUAGAAUACAAACAUACUAAUAUUUGUAAUAUAUUAAAAUGGAAAUAUGAGAAAAUUCCUUUUAUUAAUCAUUUAUUUUAUGUUUAUAAUAUAUACCCUAUUUUAUUUAAAUUAAAUCAAAUCAAAAACAUUCAUAAUAAAAAAGACAAAGAUAUAGAUGUAUGUUCAAAUGAAUUUUUAUUAUCACAAAUAGAUGAUAAAAUAUAUGAACAGUUAGAUAAUUAUAAUAACUUUUCUGAUGAAAGUUUUGAUAGUAAUAAAACGAUACGGAUUCAUGAAGAAGCAGAUAAUGAAAAUGAAGAGGAAAAUAAUAAUGUUUCUGAAAAAACGAAACCAAAAGAUGAAAAUGAAAAUAUUGACGAAAAUUAUACGACAUCAUCUCUUAAUGUCUUAAAUGAAAUCCUUGAUGUCAAUGAACUCAUAAAAGAUUUGAAGAAAAAAAAAAAAAAAAAAAAAAAAAUAUACAAAAAUAAAUAUGCUAAUAAUUUUUUUGUCAAUUUUUUUAACAAGGCUAUGGAAAAAGAAAAAAAGAAAAAAGAUGGAAUCGAAUUAGAAAACAAAACAAGUUUGCAAGAAAGCUGCGCAAAUGGAAUUGUCGAAAGUAGUGAAAACAAAAAUUAUAAUUACAAUGGUGAUGAAAAUGACCAUGUUAUAAUUACAUCAAAUUUAUUUAUUGAUCCUUACGAUUUAAAAAAUGUAGAUAUUUCUGAACAUUUAGACAAAAUGGAUGAAUUAAACAUAAAUGAAAAUAGAGAAGAAGAAAAAGAAGGAGGGGGUGAUAAAAUAAAAAAAGAAGAAAUAUCAGAAGAAAACAAACUAAAUAAAAAUAAUGAAAUUAAAGAAAAUUAUUAUAAUUGUAGUUUAGAAAAUACAGCAUGUUCAACCUCAACAGACAAUAGUUAUACUGAUGAAAAUUUUUUGGACUAUAAUAAUAAUGGUGAUUCAAGUAGUGGUGCAGAAAAAAUGAGAUAUAAAAAAAAAAAUGCAAUUAGCAAAUUACUUUUUAGCCGAUUUGAUGAUUAUACAACAAAUAGAAAUGAUAAACUUAGUAAAAAUAAAUGCAAAAACGAUCAUAAUAUUAACUUUUUAAAAUUUAAAGAUUCAAAUAAAAUACAAAGAUAUAAUAUGCUAUUGCGACGAAAUGGUCUUAGUAAUACAUUUUUUUAUAAUAUUAGGAAACUAUAUAGUUAUGUUUAUAAUUUAUUCGAUUUUAUACCAAUAUUUGUUAUACAAAAUAUUUUAAUGUAUUAUCAAAAAAGAUACAAAAAUAUAAACCAUUAUUAUUAUUAUGAUAAUGAACAAAACGAUGAAAUUCAUAAUUUAUUUAAUUCAUAUAAUGAAGAAAGUGAAUAUGAAUAUACACGUUAUUCAAGCAAUUAUUUUAACACGGAUAAAUGGAAAAGACAGUAUGCAAAAUAUACAAAUUCGAAAAAAAAUAAUGAAUAUGAGCGUAUAUAUAAUAAAAAAGAGAGUGACUAUGAUGCAAGUUCUUGUUCCUUUGAUAAGAAGUGGGAUAAGGACAGUGUUUCACAUAAUGAAUCUAAAAUGGGAAGCAAUUUUUCAUAUGAUAGGAAAAGUAACGGUGCAAAUAAUGUUAAUGAAUAUGCCGAUCCCCUCGGGACAAAUUUCAAAAACUCGUCGUUUGCCAACAAACAAGGUCUCUCAAUUUUUAGUCCCAAUUUUGUAUCCGAAGAAAAAUAUAAAUUCACAAAGAAAGAAAAUGGUAGCGAAAGUAGGAACUCCUAUUUUGUUAAUAAAAAGGUGAAAACUAAUCAUAGUGAUUGUGUGUCAGAUGCAUAUAUAAGAUGCUCUAGUCAAUUUUCUAAAAACAGAAAAGGAGAAACAUUUCCCAAAAUGAAAUUUAUAAACGAAGAAAAUAAUUAUAAUGAUGUAAAAGGAAUAAGAGGUAAUAUAAAUCAGUUCUAUAAUAAUAUCAAAGAUGAAAAAGACACAUUAGGAAUAAAAAAAAUAUUUUUCAUAUUUUAUAAAUAUUUAAAAAAAAAUAAUUUUAUUGAUUGUAAUUUUGGAGAAAAACCUAAAAAAACAAGAAGAAAUAGAUGCAUAAAAUUAUAUUCAAAAUUUUUAAAAAAAUAUUUAAAAUCAGCAAAUAUAUACUUACAAUUUGUAGCAUAUAUAUUAUUUUCUAUAUAUGAAUAUAACACAUUAGCAACCAAAUAUUUAGAUUAUAUACAUUUAUAUAGUGAUAUGAGCAAAUAUAAUAUAUUUUUACAUAUUCUAAAUAUAAAUAAUAAUAUCGAUAAAAUAUAUACAUAUCAAACAAUGCAAUUAAUAUUUCAUCCAUAUUUUUAUUGGAUGUAUCAACUUUAUAAAUAUCUAAAAAUAGAUGCAUCACCAAUUGCUCUUCAUGAUUUUUAUGAAAAUCUUGAACAAUUUAUUUCAUCAAAUUCUAUAUUUCAGCCUAGUCAAAAUUAUUUUACCUUAAUUAAAAAAAAUUUUAAAAGAAAAUGUGUUAGUUGUAAUAAAUCUCCAAAAAAAAUACUUAUAUGUUUAUAUUGUGGAUCAACUAUAUGCUUACAUGAAAGUGAUGAAGCUACUGGUCCAUUAUCUCAAACAAUUAGCAAAUGCAUUUAUCACACAACAAUUUGUGGUGGGGAUCAAUGUCUGUAUUUGUGUUUGAACACAUCUUCGAUACUAUUUACUAGUGAAAACCGAUUUGAGUUCAUGGAUGGGCCUUAUGUGGACAAAAAUGGAGAUAUAGACCCUCAUCUUAAAAGAGGAAAGAAUUUAUAUUUAUCCCAACAUAAAUUAAACAAACUAUUUGAUGUUAUUGUUAAUUCAACAGCUGAUGUUGAAAUAUAUAAGCAUACUUUAAAGGCAGAGUAA